CGAUCUAUACAUCAGCACAUUUUAACGUCCCUGGAAUUGUGAAGUAAGAGUGAAAAUUUCCUUGACUAUUGAAAAUCAUGCUUGGAAUUAAAAGAAAAAUUUCCUCUCCUGAGGUGACAAGGUACUGCUCUUGUUGGAGGGAUUGAAAUUGGAGCCAACAGUGCAUACAUCUUACAGAAGACUCUAAAAAUCCGACAGCAAAGGUUGGGUCGCUCCAUUACUGUGAGGGGCAGUGACCAAUAGAAAAAGAGGGAGAAGAUCCAAGGAGGCUGAGGUAAGCCAUCCUGAAGCCUGUCAGAGUGGAAACAAUACAUCAAAAGGUCUUCAUGGUGAAGAGUCACCAUCCCUUUCAUUUAUUCUGAUUGGAGGUUUAACAGCAUCAAGUCAAAACAAAGAAUUUUCAUUCUUUUAUUACCUCCCCUCCCCCACCAAUUUAUUUUACCCAGCGUCAGACCAGCCACGGGACUCAACGGUAUAUUCCUGGAAAGCAAGGUGUUGUAAUGGCAACCUCAAUUUGUUUGACGCUUUGGGUGUUACUCAUAGCAGAUACUGUGUGGACACAGAGUGUGAGACAGGCCUAUGAGGUACAGGACCCAGAGGACUGGGAUGUGCAUGAUGAUUUCUAUUGUCCCAGGGAAUGUUUUUGUCCACCUAGUUUCCCUACUGCCUUAUACUGUGAGAACAGAGGUCUCAGAGAAAUCCCUGCUAUUCCUUCAAGGAUCUGGUACCUCUACCUGGAAAACAACCAGAUAGAAACCAUACCUGAGAAACCAUUUGAGAACGCCACCCAGCUAAGAUGGAUCAAUUUAAACAAGAACAAAAUAACCAACUACGGGAUUGAGAAGGGGGCUCUAAGCCAGCUGAAGAAACUUCUUUUCCUGUUUCUAGAAGACAAUGAGCUAGAUGAGGUACCUUCUCCAUUGCCAAGAAGUUUGGAACAGUUACAGUUAGCUAGAAACAAGGUAUCCAGAAUCCCUCAGGGGACCUUCAGUAAUCUGGAAAACCUGACCCUUCUUGACCUACAGCAUAACAAACUUAUAGAUAACGCCUUUCAAAGAGAUACCUUUAAGGGACUUAAGAACCUCAUGCAGCUAAACAUGGCCAAGAAUGCCCUGAGGAACAUGCCUCCAAGAUUACCAGCCAACACCAUGCAGCUGUUUCUGGACAACAACUCCAUUGAAGCAAUACCCGAAAAUUAUUUCAAUGUGAUUCCUAAGGUGGCCUUCCUGAGACUUAACCACAACAGACUGUCAGAUGCAGGCCUCCCGUCCAGAGGGUUUGAUGUGUCGUCAAUUCUGGAUCUCCAACUGUCUCACAACCAGCUCACAAACUUUCCCCGAAUUAACGCUAACCUGCAGCACCUUCACCUUGAUCACAACAAAAUUAAAAAUGUGAACAUCUCAGUAAUAUGUCCCACCACACUGCGUGCCGAACAGGAUGCCUUCAUUCAUGGACCUCAACUGAGCUACCUGCGCCUGGAUGGGAAUGAAAUCAAGCCACCAAUCCCAAUAGAUUUAGUGACAUGCUUCAAGCUUCUUCAGGCCUUCAUUAUAUAAACAGCCAUCAAAUCCAAACUGGAUUAAGAGUAGAUGUGUGUGGCAUGAAAUUUGAUUGUUUCUCCUAGGUUUAGGUCACAAGCCACAUUUACAAUUGUUCUUAACCACAAUUUUCAUCUGUGCAGCUUAUUUUUUUUUCCAUUUGAAAAUGCUUUGGUCACUGGCAUGCAGCUGCUGCUUGUUUGUAUUAAUUUGCUUUCCUCUGAUUAACUAAAUAGACACAGAGUUGAGAUAACUUCUCAACUCAAAGCUAUUUUUGUCUGUUGGCUACUAUUACUAAUAUCAAGUAAUUUUUAUUGUUACAUAUUCUAAGUGAUUUACUUGUCUAUGACCAAAUAUAUGUGUGUACUGGUUGUGUACAUAUAAGCACAACAAUGAGACAGCUGUAGGAAGUGCUGAAGAAAAUGAAUAAGUGAAAUAAUCCUUUGUCAUAAUUAUCAUGAACCUACUAGUCAAAUGCCUCCUAGCCAUUAGAAAUAAACAAUGAAGCAGGAGAGAGAUCUUCUAGUCAUUUAGGAUUACAACAAUGAAGACAUUUGUGGUUUAUUAUCAUUUCCUAUAGUUCUUCUUAGAUCUAAUACACUAUUUUCCAGUAACUCCACCCGUACAUUGUACAGUUGUCAAAACACAAUUCUCAUGAAAGCACACUGUUUUAACAGUAGAAAUUUACUCAAAUUGCAAAUUAUCCAGUUCUUAUUUUUUUGGAUUUUCUAAAUAAAAAUAUCAAAUGUUUUCUAACAAAA